CAAUCACCUACUUUAUAAUCAGAUUACAGUCAUAUUAAAACAACAGAUGUUUGCUACUUCGUUUUAAAGAGUCAAAAUUUAUAACUUACAUGAACAUUACUAACGUAAACUCACUCACUUUGAUAUAAACUCGCAAAGGCAGUCGUUCUUGAAACAUGUGCAUGAUGGAACGUCCAAUCGCGUAUUUAACGAGAAAAGAAGUAAUAUCCAGCUGUCACCGUUUACACAAAAUAUUUUUCAGUGAAAACUUAACUGAGGAAGAAAAUAAAAAUAUAUAUGGAAAAUGUAAUAACUAUUGGGGACAUGGUCAUAAUUAUACAGUGGAAGUGACUGUAUGUGGACCUGUAGAUCCUGUAACAGGUAUGGUCAUGAAUAUAUCAGAUUUAAAAUUAUUUAUGAAAAAAGUGUUAAUGGAUCAACUGGAUCAUAAGAAUUUGGAUAAAGAUGUACCUUAUUUUAAAAAUACUGUUUCUACUACUGAAAAUGUAGCUAUAUAUAUAUUUAAUGAACUAAAAAGGAUUAUGCCUAACUCAGAUCUUUUAUAUGAAGUCAAGAUCUACGAAACUGACAAAAAUAUUGUUAUUUACAGAGGAGAACAAAAAUAAAAUGUUAAAUUGGUCUAAACAUAUGUUAAUUUAAAUAACAAGGUUAUAAAAAGAAAAACACUAACUCGAUGUUACCUUUAUUUCUCUUUUCUUACACAAUACAAUUACAAUUACAAUAUAUUACAAUAUUAAUUCACACUUCAAGAGAAUAAAUAUCUUGUACACUA